GCAGUUUUGAAGUUGACUCUGGGGUGUUUCAACAGGAAGGCGGACAUGUUGGUCAGGCAGUGGGAGAAAAUCGGGCACCCAGUAUUUUUUUUCAUUUGUAUUUAUUUUUUAUUUUUUUAAUAGUAGCAACGUUAAAGCUUGAUUUAUCCGCAUACUCAGAGCAUCGUGGAUUACAUACUUGUUGGAAAAGUAAAAGCCGGCAUGCGGACUAAGAGAGAUUUAUCACAGCAGGAUUUGUAAAGGAUCGUUUUAACCAGGAUCUUGUUUUAACUCAUCGAAAUUUGUAAGGCGAAGUUUUUUUUUCCGCCACUUCUCACUUUGCAGCUGUCAGACUCGUUUGGCCUGGCAAGCUUUUAUGCUCAGAGGCCUGGAGAAACUUCACUUAAUUUCAUGUGGCCGCAUGCUAACUCUGUUUUAUCGCUUCUUUUCGCGUGAAUGUGGUCGGCUUGUGUGUUUUAAAAGAGCCCAUUCCCUUCAUAUCUCCUGAAGCUAAAUUAGCUUAGCGCUGUAUAAUCUGUUGCUACUGCUUUUUGUGUUUGCUAAAUUGUCAUGGACUAAUCCGACACCUCGUCCUGUUGUUGUUUUGUUUCGAAAAUGUGGCUUUUUGUCAUCUCUCGGUGUUGUGUACGAUUCAACGAGAGUGAUAUUAAGACACAAAACGUUGCUUUGAUCAAACUAGUGCUCAUUGCUUUGUGAGGGCAGAGGAAGUUAGCGAGUUAAUUAGCUGAUCUUAGCCAGAAACUCGCACACGUCUGAAUCAAAUCGGUCUGAUCAGUUAUGAACAUGUCUGCUGGAGAAAGUUUGACAGCUCGAUUCGAGAAGAUCGAUGCCAUGCUGAAGGAUCCCAGAUCAGAGAUCAACACAGACUGUCUGCUGGACAGUCUGGAUGCUCUGGUUUAUGACCUUGAUUUUCCAGCCCUGAGGAAAAACAAAAGCAUCGAUAACUUCUUAAAUAGAUAUAAGGACACAAUCAGCAAAAUUCGGAAGCUUCGCAUGAAAGCAGAUGACUAUGAAGUGGUAAAGGUCAUAGGACGAGGGGCAUUUGGAGAAGUACAGCUGGUGAGGCACAAAGCCACAAGGAAAGUGGGGCUCGUUUCUACACUGCUGAGG